AUGGCCCUGGUCCCUCGAGCAGACGACAGCAACGUUCCCUACUACCGUAACCCCACCAAUGGUCUCAUCUACGCAGGAGGGGGCGACGAUGUCAAUUGCACCUUAUCUGUCUGUCCUGUCGAACUGACCGUUUACGGCUAUCGUCCUACUCUACCUGGCAGCAUUACCUUGAUCGUCCUCUAUGCCUUGUGCAUGAUGAUUCAGAUAGGGUUGGGCGUGCGAUACCGAGCAUGGACCUACAUGUCAGCCAUGGUUCUCGGCUGCUUAGACGAAAUUCUGGGUUAUGUCGGCAGAAUUCUAUAUUACCACAAUCCUUGGGGACAGACAGGUUUCAUUAUGCAAAUUGUGCUCAUUACAAUUGGACCUGUCUUCUUCUCGGCUGCAAUCUAUGUCAUGAUUGCCAAGAUUGUGACAUACAUCUCAGUCUCAGUCAGUCGUUUCGACCCGAAGUGGUUUUAUUACUUCUUCAUUCCCUUCGACAUUAUCAGCCUCAUCCUCCAAGCCGCCGGUGGAGCCAUCUCAUCUACAUCUAAUGGUGGAGACUCAUCCGGUGUCAACAUCGCCCUUGCCGGACUGUCCAUUCAAGUCAUCACGCUCUUUGUCUUCACCGUUCUGUGUAUCGACUAUGCCAUCAGGUCUCGAUCCCUUUGGACUGCUCAAACACUAUCUACCAGUUUCAAGAUCAUGGUCCCCUUCCUAACCCUGGCAACUAUCUUGAUCUUCAUCCGGUGCUGCUAUCGAAUUUACGAACUACAUCAGGGAUACGACCGGAACAGCACUGCACUUAGAGAUGAGAAGCUUUUCAAUGCCCUCGAAGCCUCGUAA